UUAAAAUUAUACCAGUAUUCCCAAUCACUUGUGAUUAGUAUUUUAGCGUAAGAUAAGAUUACGGUCAUUAUUCGAACUGUGUCGGGCGCGAAACUGUCCUAUCUUAUCUACCUAGUAUAUGUAUUGAUUCAAACACUUAUGGACGAACCGCUAUUGUCAAUGCGAAUCUAAAUAUUGUGAAUUUAUUUAACGUGUCGACAUAUGGCAAUAUUGAGAUAUCCAGAAAACUUGGAUAAUACGGUACAUUACAUAGCAACACUAGCCUUCUUCUGUGGUAUUUCGUGCGUAGCCCUUAUGAUGAAGCUCGGAGGGUUCAAAGCUUCCCUGAACAUUUUCAAUUCGAAAAGGCACAGCAAAGAGCAUGCCGAGUUCGAGCCGGGAUUGUGCAUCACAGGCGCUUACAGGACAAACAGAGAUGAAUAUUUUGGGAACGACCGCGUUUACGAACCGCCGAAAAAACUUACUCCGUCCAUGGUCAAGUUGCCACGAAGCCAUGAGACAUCCGAAAUCAGACCUACAAAGAGUACCAGCGAUUUAACAAAAACUAACAAUCUACCAACACAUUUGAGGCACAGUACACCGACUGUUUCACUAGACCCACGAGGAGAAGAACAGAGAGCACCGGUAAAUAGCACAAACGGUGUAACGACUGUAGUGCCUAAUGCUAAAAACAAAAAAGAGCAGGAAAAAUUGAGGAAGAAACAACUAGCCGAACAGAAAGCCAGAGAGAAGGCGGCUGCAAAAGAGCGAGCGAAACAAGAGAAGUUGGCAAAAGCGAGGGCAAAGCAGGAAGCUAAAGAAAAUGCGAAGAGAGAGAAGCAACAAAAGAAAUCGAAAUCACCGGUGGCACAACCGCCGCAGCAAAGUACUAGCGCGAUAACGCCAACGAGUAAUAUAGCGCAACAGAGAAGCGCGAACCCGUUGUCGCAGCCAGCGAACUAUCCAACUAAUACUCUAGACAGCUCAAUAAGCAGGAGCAGCGGCCCGCCACCUUACACUGAAGUACCGAAAACUGUGCCCAAACAAGAGCCAGCGACAAAACAAAACCAUGGUACUGGUGACGUCAUUUUUAUCGAACCCAUAGACACCGGCAGCUGGGACAUGGUGUCACAGCAUAGACAACAAGUCAGUAAGAGCACAAAAACCACGGAGGUUUCAAACAAACAACGAGUUAUGGAUUUAAAUUACAAUUUCAACAAGGAAAAAAAUAAUACUGAUGCGUGAAAAUGAUGUGCACGAACGUUUAUUUUAAUGUUAUUGAAUAAGUAUGUGAUUAGAUUUUAAGAUAGUAUACCACCCACGAAUAACUGUUUUGUAAAUUAUGUUGUUUUUUUUUUGUAUUUGACAUUAAUGUAUAAAUAAUAAACAGUAAUGAUAUUCUUGAUAAGAGGUUACUUCAAUUUAACCUGUCAAAUGCUGA